AUGGCACCCAUUGCGUUGGCAGAUACUCUACCCAAAACACCGGCCGACGUGAAGGCCAAAGCCGCGACUACAGGGUCAGAGAGCGCUCUUAAGGCUGCUCUGUCUGCAGCGCAAGCCCGGUUCGAGGCGGCCAAUCCGAAAUCCCAGAAACAGCAUGAAGUCGCGGUCAAGAGCCUGCCGGGAGGAAACACGCGGUCACUCCUUCACACCUCGCCGUUUCCGCUGAGCAUGAAAUGCGGCAAAGGGCCAUAUGUGUUUGACGAAGAUGGCCACAAAUAUCUUGACUUUGUCGGCGAGUUGACCGCCGGCAUCUAUGGACAUUCGCAUCCGGUCAUCAGAGAAGCAAUCGUGUCUACCUUUGACCACGUCGGCUUGAAUCUGGGAUCAACUAUCGUCCAAGAGGAGCGCCAUGCCGCCCUGAUCCGCCAACGCUUCAACCUCGAAUCGAUCCGGUUCACAAACUCCGGCACCGAAGCUACCAUGCACGCUCUGGCUGCUGCCCGCAGAUUUACCAGUCACCGAAAAGUCGUCGUCUUCAAUGGUGGCUAUCAUGGAGCCGUCUUUUCCUUCGGCUCGGGGGUGGCUCCCAAUAACGUCGACCUGGACGAUUGGGUCUUGGGAAAGUACAACGACAUUACAUCUGCGAGAAAUGCCAUCGAGGGGACCCGGGGGCUGGCUGCCGUCCUCGUCGAAGGGAUGCAAGGCGCUGGAGGCUGCAUUCCCGCGACCCAAGAGUUCAUGCUUGCCGUUCAGGAGUCGGCCAAGAAGGUCGGAGCAGUGUUCAUUCUCGACGAAGUCAUGACUUCCCGGCUCGCCCCAGGAGGACUCCAGAGCAUUCUAGGCCUAAAGCCCGACAUGACCACUUUUGGCAAGUACUUGGGCGGCGGCUUCGCGUUUGGCGCGUUUGGCGGCCGGGCGGACAUCAUGUCCGUCUACGACCCUCGCAACAAGGAUGCCCUGGCGCAUUCCGGGACAUUCAACAACAACACAAUGACCAUGCAUGCUGGAUAUGCAGGACUGUCCAAGGUUCUCACCCCGGAGGUCAACGUCGAGUUCAAUGCCAUGGGAGACGUGUUCCUCGAGAAACUCAAGCGCAUCACCAAAGGAACCAAAUGCUGUUUCACCGGCCGUGGAGCCGUGUUGGCCGUUCAUUUCACACAUCAAGGAGCCCAAGACAUCCGCUGUGUCGAGGAGGUCGACGAGGACUGGGAUUUGAAGGAUCUCUUCUGGUUCGAGAUGCUGGAAGAGGGAUAUUGGAUCACGAGGAGGGGCUCUAUCGCCCUGAUCCUGGAGACGCCUCAAGAAGAGCUGGAUAGGUUCGUCGAUUGUGUUGGAGCAUUCUUGGAAAAGCACCGGUCAAUCGUAGCGACCUCGGCUUAA